GCCUCGCUUAGGGCACGGCGGUAUAAAGGGCUUUCCAACCUUGACUGCUGCACGGCUCGCUCUUCUCCCCGUCCGUCAAAACGUGUUCUACGCCACUUCGCCAAUGCGCUGAAGUUUUCUCUCGGCCGCGCGCGCUGUUACAUUGGCAGCCGAGCAGAGCAGAGCUGUAGUACACUGCCUCAGGAGACUCAGCUUCUCUCGUGCACAGUCACAGAGCGGCAGGGUACCACAGCCCUCUGAUCCAUCCACUCUGUCUGGUCCUCUUGCCCCCAUGAAUGCAUGAGAUGCCGGCCAGCCAGAGGUUUCUUUUCUUCCUCGUCGCCUUCCUCCUCCUGGCGGCGACGGCGUCGGCCGGAGGGGACGACCACGCCGCCGGCACGAGCGAGGCGCGUCCGCCCGACGCGGCGUUCGACGUGCGGGCGAGGAAGUGGUGGCCGCGGGUCCCGGCGACGGACGGCCUCGUCAGGGGCAGCGAGCGCCGGGUGCCCAACUCCUCCGACCCGCUCCACAACCGCUGAC